CAAGGCCGGAGAGCCCUGGGAACAGACUGGGCACCGGGCCAAUCCCAGCGGGGCGCACGACAGAGCACGGAGUGAGGGAGAGAGUGACCUUGGGAUGGGGACCUGCAGGCAGCCGGAGUUCCAGUGAGAAGAGGAGAGAGCAUUUCAGGAGAUCGCUGAAGAUGGCAGAAGCUCACCAAGCCGUGGCCUUCCAGUUCACGGUCACUCCAGAUGGGAUCGACCUGCGGCUGAGCCAUGAGGCCCUUAAGCAAAUCUAUCUGUCUGGACUUCAUUCCUGGAAAAAGAAGUUUAUCAGAUUCAAGAAUGGCAUCAUCACUGGCGUGUACCCCGCGAGCCCCUCCAGCUGGCUCAUCGUGGUGGUGGGCGUGAUCUCAACGAUGUACGCCAAGAUCGACCCCUCGCUGGGGAUAAUUGCAAAAAUCAGUCGGACCCUCGACAAGACUGGCUACAUGUCCAGCCAGACCAAGAACGUGGUCAGCGGCGUCCUCUUCGGCACGGGCCUGUGGGUGUCCCUCAUCGUCACGAUGCGCUACUCCCUGAAGUUCCUGCUGUCCUACCACGGCUGGAUGUUUGCCGAGCACGGCAAAUUGAGCCGCGCCACCAAAGUCUGGAUGGGCAUGGUCAAGGUCUUCUCAGGCCGAAAACCCAUGUUGUACAGCUUCCAGACGUCUCUGCCGCGUCUGCCGGUCCCAGCCGUGAAAGACACCAUGAACAGGUACCUGGAAUCGGUGAGACCUCUGAUGAAGGAAGCUGACUUUAAGCGGAUGACGGCUCUCGCAGAAGAUUUUGCUGUCAACCUCGGGCCAAAAUUACAGUGGUAUUUGAAGUUGAAGUCCUGGUGGGCUACCAAUUAUGUGAGCGACUGGUGGGAGGAAUACAUCUACCUGCGAAGCCGGGGCCCGCUGAUGGUGAACAGCAACUACUACGCCAUGGAUUUGCUCUACGUCUUACCGACUCACAUUCAGGCAGCGAGAGCGGGCAACGCCAUCCACGCCAUCCUGCUGUAUAGACGCAAACUGGACCGGGAGGAAAUCAAACCAAUUCUCCUUUUGGGAUCCACCGUCCCGCUCUGCUCCGCUCAGUGGGAGCGAAUGUUCAACACGUCCCGGAUCCCAGGGGAAGAAACCGACACCAUCCAGCACAUAAGGGACAGCAAGCACAUCGUCGUGUUCCAUAAAGGGCGCUACUUCAAGGUCUGGCUCUACCAUGACGGCCGGCUGCUGAAGCCCCGAGAGAUCGAGCAGCAAAUACAGAGGAUUUUGGAUGACCCUUCGGAGCCUCAGGCCGGGGAGGCGAAACUGGCGGCCCUCACUGCGGGAGAAAGGGUGCCCUGGGCCAAGUGUCGCCAAACCUAUUUUGGACGUGGGAAAAACAAGCAGUCUCUCGAUGCUGUGGAAAAGGCAGCAUUCUUCGUGACAUUGGAUGAAACGGAGCAGGGAUAUAAGAAGGAGGAUCCGGAUACAUCAAUGGAUAGCUACGCCAAGUCUCUGCUGCAUGGCAAGUGUUUUGACAGGUGGUUUGACAAGUCGUUCACAUUUAUUGUCUUCAAAAACGGGAAGAUGGGCCUGAAUGCCGAGCACUCCUGGGCCGACGCACCCAUCAUGGGCCACUUUUGGGAGUAUGUCUUGGCCACUGACAGCUUUCAGCUGGGUUAUUUGGAGGAUGGACAUUGUAAAGGUGACACCAACCCAAACAUUCCGUGCCCCGCCCGGCUCCAGUGGGACAUCCCGGAGGAAUGUCAAGAGGUGAUAGAGACUGCCCUGAACAGUGCAAACCUUUUGGCCGAUGAUGUGGAUUUCCAUUCUUUUCCGUUCGACACUUUCGGCAAAGGGCUGAUCAAGAAAUGCCGGACGAGCCCGGAUGCUUUUGUGCAGCUGGCUCUCCAGCUGGCUCAUUACCGGGACAUGGGCAAAUUUUGCCUCACGUACGAGGCCUCCAUGACCCGGCUCUACCGAGAGGGGAGGACGGAGACCGUGCGUUCGUGCACCACUGAGUCGUGCAACUUCGUGCUCGCCAUGAUGGACCCCACCCAGACGGUUGAACGGAGGCUUAGAUUAUUCAGGAUGGCCUCCAACAAGCACCAGCACCUAUAUCGUCUCGCGAUGACCGGCUCUGGGAUCGACCGCCAUCUCUUCUGCCUUUAUGUGGUGUCCAAGUAUCUGGCUGUCGAGUCCCCUUUCCUGAAGGAAGUCUUAUCUGAGCCUUGGAGAUUGUCAACCAGCCAGACCCCUCAGCAGCAGGUGGAGCUGUUUGAUUUGCAGAGAAACCCAGAAUACGUGUCCAGCGGAGGGGGCUUUGGACCGGUUGCUGACGAUGGUUACGGCGUGUCGUACAUUUUGGUGGGCGAGAACCUCAUCAAUUUCCACAUAUCUUCCAAGUUCUCCAGCCCUGAGACAGAUUCUCAUCGCUUCGGGAGGCACCUGAAACGAGCAAUGACUGACAUCCUCGCUCUGUUCAGCUUCAGCUCCAAUUCCAAAAAGUGACCCCGCGAGAGCUGCCGCGACGGAACCUGAACUCUUCUGAUAAAAACCAAAUGACAAAUAGCUGUGAGUCCUGAUUGUAGUUCAGGAUGAAAAAUUGCUCUAAAAAUCUCAGACGUUUUCCUGCCAUCAAGGGUGUGGUGUUUUUUUUGUUUGUUUUUUGUUUUUUUUUCCUAGAACAGCAGACUGUCCACCACGGGAAGCAUAACCCUCCUCCUUCCAGGUGGGUCCAAACUUUGGAACAUUUGAUUAAGUGCUCCCGAAAGUCUUCGCAUCAACUGGGGUUUAUUAAGGGAUAAAAAUAUUGUUGAGCUCAUUAAAGUAUUACGGGGGUUGUGACUUCACACGUGUUGGAAAUGGAACUGUCAUACUUCCUUGGUGGUGACCGAAUACCUGGUACUCACGGGCAUUUAAUUUUAUCAGCAUAGUAUGAACUAUUUUGUUCAGAGGAAAGCGUUGAGUCUGAGAUGUUAACAGAUAAUAGCUGCUGCCCAUGUAACACGCUAACAGGACGUUGUGCUUUGGAAAACCGUUUCUGUCACCAUGGGUAACUGUUCUCAUCUGGCCGUGUGUGUUUGCCUCUCCAUGUCUGCCACGUCUUUUAGUUUUCCUGACCUCGCUAGCCUUCAAAACCCAGUGCCUUAAAAACGGAAGGCCCUAAAAUGGAAGGGAGACCGUAUGAAAGAUUUAUUUUUGGGGAAGCCUUUAGGUAGAAUUGUGGGCGUUUUGCUCCCUUCUCAAUUUCCUGAGGGAAUAACCCCAAAUAGGCAUUUUCCUGUGGCUUCCCCCACCCCUAGAAAGACCAGUUCUAUGAGGGCAGUUCUGCUGGCUCCCUGCCCCCCCAUCAGACUGUGGGGUCAGAAAUGGGGAACAAGGAGGAAAUGAUGGUCAAAUAUUAUGUGUCUGGAACAUUCCCUGGAGAAUAAAAUACAAUAUGUGCCUCAGGUGUACUGCCUACCCAAACUGACAACAAGGAGAGCGUUGACAUUUGCCCCUGAGAAAAGAACAAAACUUGAGAAAAGGGAAGGGGGACCUCAAAAUGGUCAGGGAGUGCAGCUUCUAAUCCCACCUGGUGAGAGGAGACCCACUGUUUCCAGAAGCGAUGGGGGUGGAUGGAAACAGUGCACUGGGUCAUCUCAGUGACCAAGUAAAGUGUCACAGGUGAGGGCUGCUGGGUUUGACACAGCCUACCCUUCAGAUGGGAGUGCCUUAUCGAAAGAGGGUGAGGGACCAAAAAGCAGUUAUGCACUGAAUCGUCUUCAGUAUUUAAUGUAAAAAUAAAGGAUCAUGGAGUGAAAUACGCACUGUCUCUGGGCUGUAACAACAAGCUUAGCUGUCCAUUUAAAAGUUGUGUAUUUAUUUUUUUGACCACUUUGUCCGAGUCGGGCUUGCCUCCGUGACAGUUCUGCACUCCGGUGAUACAAGACAGGGCUGGGCUGUUGGAGAAGAAAGAAGGUGCUUGCCAUGAGCGCGUGCAUAUUUUAUUUAUGUCUGUGUUGUAAUGUAAAAACCCCACCCGAAUGGGCCAAAUUUUUUUUCUCUCUUAAAAGCUAGAAGAAAUGAAAACAGGCAUAAAUAAAUAACAGCCACAGUAACAAUAUCUCCUGUUCAUCUGUGGUGCCUAGGAGCCCAGGAAGUGUGGGGGGAACAGCCCACUAUGCCUCAGGCAGGCGUGGCUUCCAACCCAAGCCCCAUCAAUCACUGUCAGAGCCACCUAAAUCAUGCAUGAUUGACCACUGAUCGGUCUGUAUUACCUAGUGUUCAAGUGUACACGUGUUAGCACUCAAACAUAUUUGGGCUUAUCUCUCAGGUUUUCAACGUUUCAAAUGUAAUUGUUGCUAAUCAGUGCAGUUGUCAAUGCAAUUUUUAUAUUCCUUAAAAGAAGGGAGAGUGGGUUUUUACUGUACAUGUUGAAAGGAAGAGGUAAGAGUAUUAUGUAUUUAAUUUAAUUUGGAACAAACCAGGAUGUCAACGGAGCUGUGGUUUGAAUUUGUUAUCCUGGACUGUCCAUUGCAUGUAAAUACAAUAUGCUCUUUUGGAUGUAAAUCUUAGAAAUGCAGUAUGAAUGUUACCAUUAAUAAAACCAUUAAUCCCAGUCUGCCACA